AUGUCUUGCUUCAUUUUUAUUCUACAGUUAUACUUUUGCAUAAUUCCUUCAAAGGCUGUGGCUCAAGACGGUAUGAUAUGCUUUAGAUGUUCAACAAACUCGUGUAUUGAGUCGAAAUACGGUUUAAACUGGUGUCUAUACAUGUUACGUAAUCGGGGUUUUAGGAAUGUCUUUCCUAGAGAAAACAGCUUUAAUCAUGGGAAAUGUUUGACAUCAGUUAGGGAAUAGUUUUAAACGGAUAUAUUAAUUUAAGACUGAAAAUCAUCGCUGUAGAAGCAGAGAUCGUCAACAGAAGAUAUUCUAUGAUGACGCACGCCGCCUUUUCACAAACAAGAAUAUCUACUCGUUUCAGGAAAAGAAACUCAUAACUUUACUGCCCAUAGUUUUAACAAUUGCAGUCACAUAUCAAACUACUACCAUAGGUACUUUCUUUUUCUUGUUUUCAAAUUUUUAUUAUUUUCUUGAUAUUAAGCGUAUACGCUCAUUACUUCUUCGGUUAAAAAUCAUGUGGAGAAUGCAUUAGGGUUAUUUUUGUAUGUGUGUGUUUGGAAAGAGCAAAUUGAACAUAAAUAUAUGAUUAUAGCUGAACAUAAUUGAAAUGGCGCCGGUCAAUCUCAAAAGGUACUAAUGAGCGUGAGAUAAAAAUGUUAUGGACAUCUGCCCCGAUGUUUUAUCCUUUUAUCCGCAUCGCUUGAAAGAGCCACCACCAUGAUUACAUGAUUACGCUGUAACUUCUCCCACCAACAGUGUUUUUUAAUUGCUAAGUCUUAACUUAAAUUUUUGUUUUUGUAUGUUUUUUAUGUGUCAUGUUUUGUUGAUAUAUCUAGAAAAAGAUAUCUCAUUACUUCAGCUUCUUUUGCUUUUUUUUUUGAUAAUUUUUUUUUCGUGAAAAUGAGGGCGGGUGAAAAUAUAUCAAAAGUCCCGUAUCUUUACCUGAUAUUACCCUGCUAUUGAAAUCUCUAUCUCUAGACCAAAACCGUGCAUGAACUUGAUAAUUUUAUUCUCUUUUGUUAUUUUAAAACUAAACAGGUGAAGAAAGUCGAGCCAUUGUUUUCAAAGAACCAAUACGGGACAAAGUCAUGGAGGGGCACUUAAUCAGGCUUGUAGAGGUACCCCACCAAGGGAGCUGUAAUGUGCUAUGCUAUAUGGAGCCCAAUUGUGUGUCCAUAAACUUGGGGCCUUCGCAAGGAGGCAACUACAUUUGUGAGUUGAACAAUGCUUCAGACGAAAGUCCAGGCUCAUCCGACCUUCAGAGUAAGCAAGAUUAUAUCCAUCUAAGCAUCGAGGUAAAGUGA